AUGGAUGUUGCAUUUUUUCCGAUCAUCAAGGGAAAGAAUUGCGAAAAGCCAUGCCCAAGCGGCAGUUGGGGAAAGGGAUGCCAGAAUCACUGCGAUUGUCGGAAUGGCGGCACUUGCAACAUGAUCCAUGGCCGCUGCAGUUGUCCCACCGGUUACAAAGGAAAGAAGUGCGAGACGCAGUGCCCCCCCGGCCACCUCGGGAGGGCCUGUCGCGGCGAAUGCCGGUGCGAGAACGAGGGGACGUGCUCCACCAUCGAUGGCUCUUGCGUUUGCAGACCCGGAUGGACGGGCGAGCUGUGCGAGGAUCGAUCUUGUCCGUCGGGUCUCUAUGGGCAGGACUGCUCGAGCGAGUGCGACUGCGAGUUUGACAACACCGAGGCUUGCCACCCGUGGACCGGCGAGUGUGAGUGCAAGCCUGGGUGGUUCGACCGCUGGUGCUCCAGUCCUUGUGCAAAUAACACUUUUGGAAGAAAUUGCAAGAGCGUGUGUCCGUGCAUAAAUAACGCCACCUGCGAUCACAUGGAUGGGAGUUGUACCUGUCGUCCAGGAUACAGAGGUCCGCUUUGCGGAGGGAAGUGCACACAGGGAAGAUAUGGCAAGAACUGCGCCUUGAAAUGCAACUGCAAAAACAAUGCCACCUGUUCACACGAAGACGGAAAAUGCAUCUGUGAACCAGGGCGAGCAAUGCGAGCAAACUUGCGACUCGAUGAGAUUCGGUCCGAAUUGUUCCCAGAAGCUGGGAAGGAGAAGAUUGUUCCCUUCCGUGCCAGGAAGGGAUGUUCGGGGCCGACUGCAAGCAAACAUGCUCCUGCCUCCAUGGAGCCACGGCGAGCAAUGCGAGGAAACUUGCGACUCGAUGAGAUUCGGUCCGAAUUGUUCCCAGAAGUGUGAUUGCGACCUGAAAUUCGUCGAAAGGUGUGAUACAGUGACUGGUUCAUGCAUAUGCAAACUGGGUGCCCAUGGCACUGGACGGUGCGUGUGCGAGAAGGGAUGGACGGGGACGAACUGCGACGAACUCUGUCCUGAUGGGACGUACGGAGAGGAAUGCGAGG